ACCCCGAAAACCAAAAAAGGAGGGAGAAAAGAAAAAGAUCAAGGGAAAGGGGAAAAGAAAGACGAUGAAGAUGACCUGGAAGAAGCAGAAAAAGAGCACGAGCAAGAAGCGACCUUUGUCCCAGUUACAUAAUCUUCCAUUUGAGCAACAAGAAGAUAGUACCAAUACUGAUAAUUUGCAGGAGGAGGAAAUUGGUGGGAACGACGUCGUUGAGAAGAAUACUUCAGUUUCUGAUGAGAAUGUUGAUGGGAAGAAGCUAGCUCAAGUCUAUGAGCAACAAGGGAACAAACUUGCUGAGGAUGGGAAGUUCAGUGAGGCACUAGGCAAGUGGGAGGCUGCUCUUACUUUGAUGCCAGAACGAGCAGUUUUGCAUGAGCAAAAAGCUCAAGUUUUAAUUGAACUGGGAGAAGCAUGGGGUGCUCUAAAAGCCGUCACUCGAGCCACAGAAUUAGAACCAACAUGGGCUGAGGCAUGGAUUACCCUUGGUAGAGCGCAAUUGAACUUCGGGGAGCCUGAUAGUGCCAUUGAAAGCUUUGAUCGGGCAUUAGCUAUUAAGCCAGAUUCUGUGGACGCACAUGAUGACAGGAAGACUGCAUUGCAUCUUAUAAAGAGGCGAAAACAGCUUCAUUCUACAGGCUUGAGUGCCAACGCAAAUCGUUUUGCCGUUGGGGAUACUGGUCAGUAAUGAAGCUAAUGGAGAAUUAUGAAAGCAGCUUUGCUGUCUUGUUAAAGGAAUUUUGGUAGUUUUUUUUGGUUAAAGUAUGAAAGUACCCUAUGGUGUUGACUUCUGUGGCUGGCUGUUAGUGUCAAGUUUAUAAUGUUUCACAUGCUGGAGUUCCUAUCCACCAGUUGUAAAUAAGAAAGAGGGAGGGAGGGAGGUGGGGAGAAGUAUGCUAGUAAGUGCACAGAUAAUUAGAUCAUGCUGAAUUGCUGAUAGCUCAUAGCUUUUGUAAGUUACAGGCUUUUCUGGGUUCCUGGCUAAGAAUUGAAGAUCCAUGAAAUUUGAUUUCUGUUCAACAAUCUAUGCCUGGCACAGUAAAUGAUUUUUGAGUUAAUGAUAAAUGGUCCUUCAGUCGA